UUUUAUUUUGAAGGAGCGCGCGUCUCUUCCGGUGUGUCGGACAUAAAACCGCUGAUUGACUCUGUUGGAAUAUGGUGUCCAUGAUGACAACUUGAAAAUCCCAACUGCAAUCAGAGGCGAUAGUAGCUGCUGGAACCAGUUCGGUGAGAAUGAAAGCGGGUUCGGCUCGGUUCGGGAGCCGCCUGGCGUGGUAGCGUCCUCCCGGCCGCCUGGCUAGCAUGAACUGGGGCGGCCGCCGCUUUUGUUUACAUCCAGUCCAGAUGAUGGUGAUGAUGGGCCCGGAGAGGCGUGUUGGCUAACCCCGCUACUCGACCUGCUUCCAGGGAAGGUGUCAUCGGGAACCCGCCGUGUUCGGACCGGGUCGGUCCGUCCAAACCGCCGCCGCCUGAAGGUGAUGGACGUGUCUUCUCAGGACCCACCUCUCAUGGCCAUGGACCUAUCGAAGAGCUACACUCCGCUGACUCGCAGCCGCACCGAAGCCUCAGACCUAGCUAAAAAGCCUGAGUGGUACCACAGACGGCCGGCGAACUGCAGCACAGACGGUACCUCAGCAUACAGAUCCUCGUCCUCCUACAGUCCGCUCUCCCAGCAGGGGGUCCCUGUCCGCUGCAGAGACAUGGAGCAGGGGCCAGAGUCUCUGGGCAGCUACAUAAGCUCAACUGUGGCUCCGGGUCUGGAUCUUUUUCACAGCAGAACGCAUGGUAACCUGUGGCACGGUGGUUACUACGGAACCGACCAAAGCGGGGAUCCGGUUCCCGAAAGCAGCGGCGCAGAAGAGAGUGACAGCGGCUCUGACGUUAUCUUCCUGGUUUCUUCCGCGAAGGAGCCUCUGUUGUGUGGCUCUUUCAUCCAGGACAGCGUGAGGCACAUCGUGGAGCCCGUUUCCCCUGCCAUGUCCUCGUGGGAUGAAGGAAGAGGUUGCUAUCUCCUACCUCAGCCCAUGAGCUCACCGAGUGCCGACAGCUCGUACUCGGAGGACUCGUCGGACAGCUCGGUAGACAUUCCAGUGCACCAUGCCAGACCCGUAGUCCUCCUUUCAGACCUCAACACCGUUUACGGACACCCUGGUGAAUCUGUCGCGGAUGCUUCAAGUGACGACAGCGACGUCAUUGAAGUUUCUGUCACGAACCAUAAGAAGGAAAGGCAAUGCUACAAGAAAAGUCCGCCUAAAAUAAAGAGAGAGGGGGAAAAGGCGUCUUCUAGAGAGGUGCGGCGCAGUUCCAGAGUCAGAAAAUCUGAGUCAGAAAUGCCUCGGUUAACCUGCUCCGUGUCACGGCACAGCUUGAGAAGACGCGUCAAAAACGACGCAGUGGGUAUUUAUAACGAAAGCAGUGACUCUGAGGACUUGAUCGAGUACGCUCUGAAGUUUUCCAGCUCCGAAGAAUCCGUCUCGCAGCCGAACCUUCCACAGAAAGCGAGCAGCCAUUCAGAGGAAUCCAACGGGAACGCCCAAACUGACAGGAAGUCUCCUCCGAAGGAAGCUCAAUUCACAAAACUAAUAAAUUACAAACGAAAAAAGACUCUCAGUCUUCCUAAAAUUAAAAACGUUCAAAAAGCAAAGCAGAAGCCGAUCUGCAGCAUCCCCCCAGCGGAGCAACAGACGGUUUCUGACAGUCAGACCCCAGCUGGGAAAAAACGGGUUGCGAGGCGAAAAAGGAAAAGGCGUCCACAGACCGGACCUUCUGCGCUGUUUUCUCCCAGAGAACCUGAAAUUCUGCUCAAAUAUGCAAAAUCUAAGGAUAAAAAGGACAGAAAACCUGCCAGCUUCUGCCCGUUUGUCCACAUGGAGCAGCAGCUGUGCAGGGUGGUCAACUACCAGGACGACGAAGGGACGAUUCCCAGCAGCAAAGGAUGGAAGACCGUCUCCAAAUCUGUGUCUGGGUUUGUCCCCUGCACGUCCUGCUUCCAGCUGGGUCGGUCCAGCUCAGACGGCGGCGGUCCGGACCAGCUGCUCUGCUGCCUGUGUGGAUGGACGGCCAACACCAUGGGCCUCGGCGACCUCCACGGCCCCUACUGCCCCGCCGGCGCUUCUCUAGACUGUCAGACGCGCAGAACUGAUCAGAGUGACGACCUGCAGAAACUCUCCAACGGCCAUUUACAGAACUCCUCUGAGGACGACUGCACUGAUAAAACUUUGCUCAGAAGUGAGAAAGUCUCUCCCACUAAGGUGCCUCUUUAUCUAAGCGAGUGCUGGAUACACGAGGACUGCGGUAUCUGGUCUGCCGGCGUCUUUCUAGUCCGGGGAAAGCUGUACGGCCUGGAGGAGGCCGCCCAGAUCGCACAGGAAACGAUCUGCUCCACCUGUCAUCAGCCUGGUGCCAUUAUGGGAUGUUUCCAGAAGGGCUGCCUGAGGAAUUAUCACUACCCAUGUGCCAUUCAGUCAGGCGCCGUCCUCAACGAAGAAAACUUCUCCAUGAGAUGUCCAGAGCACAAGAAUAAAACGUUCCCACCUGCAGCCAGACAAGACAAGAGAUGACAGUGAAGACGUGCGGCGGCCAUGGAGGUUUGGAGAAUGCUCCACUGAUCUCCUCAGGGCACGGCGGCGGCCAUGACAGUGGCCAUGAUGGCGGCCAUGACAGCGGCCAUGACGGCGGCUUCACCUCAAAAGCGUUCUGAGGAACCGGAGUGGCGGCGGCGUUUCGGGCCAGGCGAACCCGCUUCGCCUGUUAUGACUGAAUCAGGGUCCACUUUAUUUAUUUCUGGACAUUUUGACCUUCGUUCAGUUGUUUUGUUCGGUUCCUUUUUGCUCUCCGUUUCUCUCGGGGAUGAACCGGCAGCGUUUGGACAUCCUCACUUCAACUAGCUGCUAAAAACAAGUUUAUUAUUUGAACAUAGGUAUUAUAUCAGAGUUUUAUUGAUCUCUUGGAUAACAGGCCACUUUUCUACAAGUUUUUGUACGACUUUUUUAAUCCUUCCAGUUGUUUUUUGUCGUGUUUGUUUCCUCCUUGAUGCAUGCACAGCUCAUAUUUGCUACAAUGCACUUUAUUACAGUUUUCUAUCAGUUAUUUAAAUCUGUUCUUUUAAAUCUGACAUAAAGCUGCACUACGCUACAGUUGAACUGUAAAACUACAUAGUUAAUGUCUAAACCUGGAAUAUAACUUCAGGCCUUUUGGCUUUCAUUCUUAAUGAUGAUUUUUAUUUUUAUUUUAUUGGAUGGAUCUAAACGUGUUUAUUGGUUGGUUGUUGUGUGAACUUGCGGAUCCCGUUGGGACAUGGAGGAUUGUGUUUCUUUUGUCCUGAUCAGUUCAUGUGGCAUAAAUUAAGACUGAAAGUCUUUCUUACCAUCGUACUUCCUGCUUCGAGGUUUUCUUAAGGUUUUUCCUUGUAUGUUUGCAUCUCGUUGUGAGAUAUCUGAAGUUUUAUAUUUUUUUCUGUAGGAUAGAAAUGAACCACAAACUUUUGUGCAAAAUACAAAACAAACGUCGACUUUCCAUCAAACUUUCCGUAAGAAUGAAGAAAAAAAUACAAUUUACUGUUAGACUAUUUAUUUUCACGCAUUACUGAAGUCAGUUUUGAUUGUCUUUUUGUGUUGUCUCUUUAUUAAAGGGCCGUUUCCGUCUCAACCUGCACAAUCAGACAUAAAACAUAAACAAUAAACUGAGUUUCAGUUUUUUGCACCACAGAGUUGACAAUAACAAACACUGAGGCUCUUUAUAUGUAGAUAUUUGAAAUGUUAAAUUGACAUUUGUGACUCUACAAAGUAGAUCAAAAGAAAACAAAAGUCCUUCAUGUCCCUCAGGGGCCUCCGUACGAACGGGAGUCAAUUCAAACCAGAUGAAGGGAUUUUAUAGAAUCUGUUUAAACAGAAAAAGUUCUUGAUUUAAAGGUGAAGUCGUUCCGGUUGGUGCAUUUCGAUUGUCUUCAUGAUUUUAACUCCCUUUUUUUUUACUAAACAGAACAAUUUUAGUCACUGAUUAUAUGUUUUCAUAAUAAUUUAGAUUCAUUUUGCAGGGUUGGAAAUGAACAGUUUGUGUUUGUUACAUUGGAAAUUGGACAGAGGUUCUACUGAUGCAGCUUUGCCUCAUGAGGCUCCACUGCCAGGGAGUAAGAUACUGACUGUUGAUCACUAUUCUAUAGAACCCCAGUUCAGAUAAAACCCAGACAAUCCAUUUAAAUCCAGACUGAUCAUUUUUACCUCUUAAAAAGUUAAAACUUGAUUAUAAUCUACCUUCACAUUCUGAAACAUUCAACUUCCUAAGUGUUUAUUUUGAUAUUUAAGAGUUGAUGACAGUUUUUAGGGUUACUAAAAUAUCUGAACUGCCUCCCUGGAAACCAGUAGCUGUUGUUGCUAAGCAGCAGCAGGCCAGUAAUUAACGUCCUGUUGUUUUUUGGACCCUUCGUCUCCCGCCUCACACUCUGCAAACGGCAGAAAAUCAAAGUGAAAGCAGCUGGAAGCUGAAAGCAGCUGCUGUGAUUUGACUGGACCGUCUGUUGGACCCAGAGUUGAUCCAUGGCUGUUUCAGGUUAGACUGGUUUAAAUAAAUCGAUGUUUAACAUAAACGUCUUUAGUUGGAUUCAUGUCGGCACUUUCCGUUAUCUGAGAAUAAAGAUGAACGUUAUUUAAUGAAAAUAAA